AUGGCUGAGACCUUCCUCUCAUGCGACACCAUGAAAGUUCAUCCGUUAAAAGAGUCGAGGAAAGAACCCCAGUCAAUGAUUGUUCUGUCAACAGCCACCUUAGCCACUGACUCACAACAAUUCCGUCGGGUGAAGCCAUCUGUUCCGAAAAUGUGCUGCCUACUCCCUGUCAAUGCCGCUGCCCUAUUUGGUAUCGUAUCGACUUCGUUGCUAGCCGCCGCUCUCUAUAUUUGCUGCGUCAUCCAUCUAAAAUCAUCAACAUCUUCUUUGGAAGGUCUUGGUGGAACGAAAAUGAUCGCUCUCCUGUCGGUAGCGCUAACAAUUAUCGUUUUGUUUGCCGUACUGUUCGUAUGGGGUGUGCUUGCCGUUCGACAACGUCUUCUACUGCCCUUCACCACCCUCUCCUGCUUCCUACUGUUCGCUGUCGUCGGGACUUUAAUUGCCACCAUGGUAACAAGCGCUGAUGAGUUCAAUACCGCAAUUUCGAAAACAGAUGGGAACAGUGGUGCUACCGUAGCGGAUCUUGUGAUAUUUAGGAUCUCGAAAAUGGAUAUAAAAGGGCUUUGUGAAGAAGUUCUUCAUGAACGUCGCCUGUCUGACAAGACGAACAGUGCGCACAUGGCUUAG